UGGACAAUUUUAAAACCAUCUGAUGGUCAGUUCUUCAUACUGACAUAGACAUUGCCAAAAUUUUCUUAGUCUUUCUGCUGUGUAACAUUGAAACCAAAAAUAUUGUGUGUUUUUUGGGUCAUGUUUUUUUUAUUAUGAAUCUUAGGCGGUAUACUUUUUUUCUAUCUUAGCUACUCAACUACAUGUUGCUUUUUUCUACAUGGUAAUUUUUCUGAAAGGAUUAUUUUUUAUCUUAUUUUCUUCAUGUUUGGGACCUUGAUACAUUAGAGUGUAAAAUGACACUCUAUGGGCAUACUGACAUAGUCACAUCCCUUAUUUGUUGGGACAAUUAUUUGUUAUCAAGUUCAUAUGACUGCACCAUUAAGGACUGGGAUGCCACCGAAGAGGGAACUUUGAAAGUGACAUAUACAUACAAAGAGGAAAAUGGUGUUCUUGCACCUAGUGGGAUGACUGAUGCAGAAGACAAGCAUAGACUGUUCUGCUCUUGCAGAGACACUUCGGUUCGCCUGUAUGAUUUGCCAUCCAUUUGCUGAGCUCUAGUGGUGAUGCCCAGAGGCAUCGCAAGUAUCUGAGAACAAUGUCUCGCAUAAACUAGGGGAACAAUUUGUAGCUGGUUCGAGAUAGUGGAAUCCUGAAUAUUUACAAUAGAGAGGAAUUUCGUGAGGGCAUGAGGAAGCCUGAUUAUCAAGGCCAUUGAUAAUUUCUCUACUCUAGUGGAUUUUAUGAGAAAUAGUCAUGAUUCUCAAAUAUUAGCAAUCUGUUCAAGCAUGCAG